AUGUCAGUCGCACGCCGCGUACUUGACGUGCGGGUCAUCUGGGUCCUGGCCCUGGACGUCAUCCUCGAGCCUGAAGCGAAGCAAGUCGAGGAACCAAGAAGGAACUCGCGCCGGCCCGCACACGCGAGGGUCCCGUUGAGCGUUCCUGUGCCGAAAGCUGGACCUUUCAUCAUCACCAUGCGCAUGCGAGCACAGGGUCUGGCCAAGCUCAAGCUGGUCAACCUUGAGGGCGAGGAACAAGGAGCGAAAGAGCGACGGGGAUCGCAUGACGAUCCCACUUUCGGCCGCAGUCCCGCUUGGCAGUAUCCGCAAGCAGCAGAGCCCCCAACUUUGCGACAUGCUUGGGGAUCCCGGCCCCUUCUUGCCGAUGGCGAUAUCGCUGGAGUGUUCUUGCAGACCUGA